UCAUAAAAGGGUCUGCAAAUUUCACGGUCUAAAAAUACCGUCUAUCGAAAAAAACAAAAACAUGGUCAAGCUUAACGCCGAAGAGUUAAAACUACUAACUGAUGCUCUCUUUGAGUCAAACGCGCGCGAAGAUCAACUGGAAGAUGUGAAAACCAUUACGGAAGAAAAACCUGAUGACGAGGUCAUGAGUUUGGAAGGCGAAGUUGAAGAAACUCCUGAUUCGCACGUCCAGUUUCCUAUUCGCCGGAGACGAAGUGUUCGCUACAGGAGAUUGUUUUGUGUUGGCUUAUUCCUUGUGUUGUUUUGUGGAGGGUUGAUUUUGGCAUUUUGUCUACCAAAACCGAAUUACGUGCUUGAUAUAAAACUCGAAAAAGGACGCACCCUUGUCUAUGACAUACAACAGGAGAUGAUCUUACAGGGACCACGAAUUGAGAAGAGUGAAUUUUCUGGAAGAAUGACAGUGCAACUUGUAAACAGAACGGCAAAUGCCCACUGGCUUCGAUUUCAAUUUUCUUCCCUGCCAAGAUUUGGGAACGCCACUUGCCUAAUUCGGGUUGAUUUGAACAGGGACAAAAACAUGGACUUUGAGAAGGAGCAAUUUGAGGUUUACAUGGAUCUUGAAAGGAACCCAGAGCUUGACUUUUAUAUCCAUAAUUUGUUUAACCAAAUAUUCCCGACGCUAAAACUUAAUCUAUUGGACGUCAUUUUUAGUCGGGUUAUUACAAGAAAACGCGAGGUUUCUCUUGGGAAAUCCUGGUAUUUCCCUGGCGAGGCCACGAUGAAGCAAAACAUCAACACAGAUAAGGAGCAAAUCAUGAUUACUUCUCAUAUUCAUCCUAAAGACUUUCUGGAAUUUUCAUCCCCAGAUCAUAGGCUUCCCAACAUGAAAAUGAAAUUCAAGGAGACAGCAAUCAUAAGUAAACAGAAUGGAAUGAUAGAGAGCAGUGAAAUGAAGGUUGUUGCUAAAAUGCCUAUUGAUGGCAGAUUUAGUACUGGUUCAACAAUAUCAGUGACAUUCACAAGUUCAUUGCGUUUGAAUGGAAAUGGCGUGGGACCUGAUGCGAGCGUUGAAAAAAAUUCCACCAGUUUUGUUAAAGUCCCGGAACCCCUGUCAAAAAAUAGUGAAUCUAAAAUGAAGUUUAUCCCAUGGGAAUCAACAGGUAAUAACAACAAUCUGAUAAUGGAGGUAAAACAGCUACUAAAUUCCACAAUUCCAAGAAAAGACGGAAAGGAAUCCUUUUCUCAUAAGCUCUCUUCUGCAUUCCAUUCCGUUUCGCAUGUUGAUGGCGUCAGCCUUUCGCUCGCUGAACCAAAGAAGAAAUCAAUGGGGCAAUUGAAGCACGAUUCCAUGAGCAAUCAAAGUGAUAAGGGUGGUGAAGAAAAGUCGGAAACUAAAGAAAAAAAGAAGGUCGAUAGUGAUGGGGAUGGUCCCACUGUUGAGGAGGGUAAAUGGAAAGUUGAACGUGGUGACCCACCUACUGAUGAUGAAGGUGAUGAUGAUGAUGACAGCGAUCGUGCCGACGAUGACAACAAAAACGACAACAAUGAUGAGACGGAGAGGAUGGGAGAUAAUGAAGAAGAUGCUGCUGAUGAUGAUGAUGAUGAAGAGAAGCAAGGGAAACGUGAUGAUAAAACAUUUCCACCCAAUACCGCCUCACCCUCAACAACGAAAACAACACCUACAACACCAAGGCCGACACCCUCAGCAUCAGCUGAUAAGAAAAAAGAGAGUGGUAAGAAACAUGGAGGUAUUGACUGGAACCCGUUUCAUUUUUUCCGUAAUAUCUGGCACCACUUGAAAGGAGAUGACAAAGAAAAAAGACCAAUCUUAACUACGUCCCAACCAACUACAUCACCAGCAACCAAAGCCCCAAAGCACGACUCAGACGCGAAAUAUAACGAAGAAGAAGAGGACGAGUGGGACCCAUUUGGAUUCUUCAAGAAUUUUUGGCAUGCGGAUUUUGAAGACGAAAAUAACGUGGGAAUAAAUCAAGGUGAAGAUGAAGGGCCUUUGCCGCCUGUCUUUCCAGUAUUCCGUUUCCCAGGCUUCGCCGAGAGGAAGAAAAGAUCUCUAGUGGAGCCAGAAAACAAACAGAAAAAUAAGAAGUCCCUCGAGUCAGAUAUCUCGAGAAAGAGAAGAUCUCUUAAGGAAGGCCCGCCAAGCCAGUACCGCACACUAAUACGCGAUAAACGGCGCCUUAGCGAUGAUGGACUUGACAGAGACGAGGGCACCACAACUGGGGUAGACGCUGCUGAAGUUGCUUCCGUAUGGGACGUUGUUUCCGACAGGCGAUUCGGCAUAAAACAGCACCCCUGCAAGAGCGCCAGGGUUUUCAAAGGAUCUGUGCAUGGAAUCGAGGUAGUUGGGGAUUUGGAGCACGAGGUCGAGGCUAAGUGGGAUGUGAUGGACUUGAAGGGCCGCAGUGAUUGGUCCUUGCGAUUAAAGCUUGGACUCGAGGCUGGGGGACACUCGUUUGUGGUGUUUGAGCGAAUCUACAGCAGAGACGAGGUGAAGAAGAUUUUUCUGUCUGGGGAGAAAUCUAAGAAGGAGCACGGUAUAAUCCAUGGUGGGACCCUGGUCUCUUGUCGACCGUUGUUCUACAUCCAGCAAGUGUGUUUGGAGAUCAGGUUCGACUUCUCUCUCCAUCUCUCGCACAUCGUCUCGAGGCUGGGGAAGGAAUAUCCGGUCAGUCUGACCAUGCACACCAAGCACUUGGCAGCAGUUGAUGCCUUGGUGACGUCACACGCCUCAACACUGAUAAACAGCGCUGGAGUCUACACCAAAGGUCCACUCUUCCAGGCUAAAGUCCCUGUCGACCUCCAUUUCCAUGAGGCCUCAAGACCAGAGUGGUGCGCCAAGGCCAGCUUGCGAUCACGGAUUGGCUCCUUCUAUCGCACGUGGUCUGCAAUGAACCAAUGGGUGUGCCCACUUGACAAGGCCGUUGCUAUGGAAACAACAUGUGCGGGUCUGAACAAAGGUGUAAAUCCUAAGGAAGGGAAACCACUGCAUGACGACGAUGCUUUUACAAAAAAGUUACAAGUACUCGAUAGCUGCUGAUUCAAGUACACCUGGAUAAGAACUGAGAGUGGACAUGAGAUAUUAUCCGGGCUCUUGUUCGAACGGUGUCUACUUAUUUGUGUAGAAGGGAUCCACGACGCGUUUUAGGUUAGAGACAGGUUAUUUAGCUCUAUGAAACCACACCUAAAGAGCCGGUACUGCGAUCGGUGUACCGCUCAAGAUCCCCAAAUGCUCUUCGGGUAAAGGAUCGAUUUUACGGAUUUGACGGCACUAGCUCAGGAAGGGACGUUUGGUACUGCCUAUUAUAGGCUGUUGUGUUGUUUCGUCCUUGUUUGGGACUCAACAUAGAAUAGCAUAGCCGGUAUUACGCCAGAUACAGUGGAACCUGGAUUUUACGAUACUGGAUUUUAUGAUAACCUCGAUUUUACGAUGGC